CAGUCGAACAGAAGUAACCAGUCAAUCACGCCGUCUUAACCAAUAACAUAUUCGGCCGGCUUAUCAGUUAGUCUAAUUAGUUCACUCGAAACAGUCACCCGGUCAAGAUCGCCGACGCGCGAACAAGCGAUCGAGAUGCGGUUCGCGGUUUCGAAUUUAGUGACCUUAGCAACAGUGGUGACACUUUCGACGCAGUUACCACAACCAGUUCCCGAACAAACAGGCCCGGUUUGGGACAUUACUACCCAGUGCAGUAUUCCGAAUGAAUCCAAAAAUGGCACCUGUACUCUACCAAUCGACUGCCCGGCCUACGCAACCAUUAACAAUCCGGAAGAUGUGAGUUCAGUGGGUCGGUUAAGUUUCCUGAAGAAGAUCCAGUGCAGUUCAGCAGGAACUGACGGAAUUUGCUGUCCACGAUCGAAGCGUUACCAAACACCAACGUUGAACGAGACGCUCCCCAAGCGAGUUCGUCACAAGACGACACGCGUCCAUUCGCGAUUCGGGAACGAUGACGAUGUCUGCGGGUACCAGAGCUUUGUGCCGAAAAUUCGCGGUGGAGAGAUCGCAAAUAUUGAUGAAUUUCCCUGGAUGGCAAUGCUGCUGUAUGAGCUGAAGGAUUCCAAGAAGAUCGUGCACGGCUGCGGAGGCGCGUUGAUUAGCAAGAACUUUGUUAUUACGGCUGCACAUUGCGUAACCGGGAAGGAUUACGACAACAAGGGACCACUGAAGUACGUUCGUUUGCGGGAGUACAACGUGUACGAUGAUCCCGACUGUGUGAUCGAGCACAAUUUCCAGGACUGUUCGGAAGAAAAAAUCGACUCGGAACCGGUCCGGAUCAUCACCCAUCCCGAGUACGAUCCCAACUUCCGGCACAAGUAUCACGACAUUGCCCUGAUUGAGAUCAACCAGGUUCCAUCGUACACGGACUUUUUGCGGCACAUUUGCCUACCGGAGGCGAAGCUGGACAAUGGCGUUGCUUCCGGGAAAAAGUUCAGCGUUUCCGGCUGGGGAAGAACCGAUAUCUUCCGCCAGCAGCUCGGCAAUAAUGCACUCAGCCCGAUCAAACUGAAAGUGGUUUUACCUUACGUCGAGCCCGAACAGUGCCGAAGGGUUUUCCGCGCCCAACAGCUGGAGAUCGGACCGGGUCAGCUGUGCGCCGGAGGUGAGAAAGCGAAGGACACCUGCGGCGGGGACAGCGGCUCGCCACUCAUGUUCUACGAUGUCAAAGCCGGUGCCUGGGUGCUGACGGGGAUCGUUUCGCUCGGGGUUCGUGACUGCGGCACCGAGGGAAUUCCCGGCGUUUACACAAACGUGCGCCAGUAUCUGGAUUGGAUCAAAGCGACGGCUCAAAUGUGAACAACGCCCCUGCUUCGGCUUGAUGGACAAACAACAAC